UUAAAAAUUUAAAUUUCUCCAAGAACGAUGGAUUAAAAGCAUAGCUGUCAAAUUUGGCGUGUAACAAAAACUCAUUGAAUCGACCUCAAAAACCACAAGAAAUUACUCGAAUCGUCGCAAAUCAUCGAAACAAACAUCGAGACGAGAUAAUCGACGAAAAAUCUCGCGAAAACACCUCACCGGAAGCGAUUUAAAAGUGAUUAAACGAUCGGAGUAAGCGUAAGUCUUAGAAUGAACUGUCAAAAAAGCUUAAAAGAAAGUGGGAAUUAAAGAAAUAAUAAUGACGAUGAAGAAAAAAGCGUUUUAAUCCAAAAAAAGAUGUUUGUUUUUACAAGAAUUAUUAAAGCCGGAUUAAAUCGCGGGAUUUCCGGUAAAAAUGUUGGAAAAUUUUUUUUAGAAAAGAAAGGUUAUCCCAAUAACUUAAUAGGAGGUGCUUUUUCGAUACACAGCGAUGAUAACGAAAGUAAUAAAGGAAGUGGAGGUCGCAGAAUACGAUUGGUGCCGCAAGAAUUAAAUAAGGAAGCGAAAAUCGAAAGGAGAAUUAAAAUUAAUCCCAGAGACGUCAAUUUUAAACAACAAAAUAUCGAAAACGAACGAUUUCGCACUGCCAGACCGAUUAAAUCGGGCGAUUUUUCUAAAAUCAAAAUGGAACCAACCGUGCAAAAGGUCAUCCCAAAGUUACGAAAAUCAUUGCCCAAAUUAGAACCGCCUAAUCCGAAAUUGGAAGAAAUUUUUGUGGACGAAAACGUACUCAAAGAAGUCUUACAAAAGAAUAGAACCAAAUUUGAGUACGAUAACAAAGAAAAAAUCGUUUCGAAAAAUAUCAUUUCAACGGUAACGCAAACAGAUUCAAGCAAAAAAGGUAACGAUGAUAACGAACAAAACGAACAAGAACAUUCCUGGCAAACGAUGAAGUUCACCUUGACGCUUUUCGGGAUUUCCUUCACCGGAAUCGGAUUAUUUUUGAUCAUGGAAUUGGGAAAGCCGAAAAUUAACGAAGACGGGAUAGAAAUUGAGGACGAAUUUUCGAAUUUGUCGCUGUUAGAGCAAUAUUUGUACAGAACCGCGGAUCAAUUAAAUUAUUAUCGAAAGUUAAUAAACGAGCCAAGCCGAGAAAAAUUAUUACCCGACGAAUUAAAAUAUCCGUAUCACCAACCGCCUUACACGUUAGUGUUGGAAUUAAAAGACGUCCUCGUGCACCCCGAUUGGACCUACAAUACAGGGUGGCGAUUCAAAAAACGACCGGGGAUCGAUCAUUUCUUAGAAACAUUAAAUGGGAUUUACGAAAUAGUUAUUUACACAGCCGAAUUGGGAAUGACGGUGUUUCCGAUUUUGGAGGCCCUCGAUCCCAACAACUUGAUCACGUAUAAGCUGGUUAGGGACGCGACGAAUUUCGUCGAUGGAAAACAUGUUAAAGAUUUGGAUAAAUUAAAUAGGUCACUUCGAAAAGUUGUUUUGGUCGAUUGGGACGAAGCGGCGAUAACAGAAAAUAGGGAUAACGCCUUGUUAAUACCGAGGUGGAACGGCGAUGAUGAUGAUACGGCUUUGUUGGAUUUAGCGAAUUUAUUAAGAGUUAUAGCCAUUUCUGAGAUACAAGACGUAAGAGAAGUGUUACGAUUUUACAAAGAAUACCCAAACCCUUUGGCAGCGUUCCGAGAUAGACAAAGGGAAUUGGAACGAACGAUGUAUAAUAAAAAUAAUUAAUUCAAAAAAAUCUUAAUAAUAGGAAAAGGAGAAUCAUUCAUUUCUUUUUCUAUGUCACUGUCAAAAAAAACAUUGAAUCAUUACCAAAAUCGAUAAAUUUGUGUUUUGAAGUAAGUGUUAAGAUUAAGAAAGAUGAAAAAAACUCGCCGUUUUUUUACUCAACAUUCUUUUUUGUCGUUCUUAAUAAAAUAUUAAUUUUUUUUAGAUAACAUAAAAAUUGUUUUGUUUUAAUGAAACGUACAACCCGGACUUGACGAUUAUUUUGACGUCUGAAAUGUAAAUUUUUUUGUUUCGAGUGUUGUAAAAUUAUUAAAUUGAGCAAUUAAGCCGGGAAAGCCGAGAUAUGGAAAAAGUGAGUACGUAAAUGGAAAUUCCGAUAUUAAUAACAAUUAAAGGAAUAAUUAGCGCUCGUUGGAUGUCGGUUAUUAAAGGUGGAUGAGAAGAAGGAUCGAUGAACGAGUUUACGGGAAUUUAUUUCCGCGAAAACCACUUGAUGGAGUUUCUAACCCUUAAAAGACGAU